CUGGGAUGGGACCCAUGCCGCCUCCCAGACCGUGCAACGAGUGAAGCACGGACCUUUCAACAAGAGCUUUAUUAAUUCUCACGCGAAGACCCCUGUAAGGUGAUGGAGGUGGCCGCUAAUUGCUCCCUGCGGGUGAAGAGACCUCUGUUGGAUCCGCGAUUUGAGGGUUUAAAACUCUCCCUCGAGCCGCUGCCCUGUUACCAGCUGGAGCUUGACGCAGCGGUGGCAGAAGUAAAACUUCGAGAUGAUCAAUACACACUGGAACACAUGCAUGCUUUUGGAAUGUAUAAUUACCUACACUGCGAUUCAUGGUAUCAAGACAGUGUCUACUACAUCGAUAACCUUGGAAGAAUGAUGAAUUUAAAAGUGAUGCUGGACACUGCCUUAGGAAAACCACGAGAAGUAUUUCGACUUCCUACAGAUGUGAUGGCAUGUGAUACUCGCCUUUGUGCAUCUAUCCAUUUCACAUCUUCUACGUGGGUGACCUUGUCAGAUGGAACUGGAAGAUUGUAUCUCAUUGAAACUGGUGAACGUGGAAAUAAUGCUUCUGAAAAAUGGGAGAUUAUGUUUAAUGAAGAGCUUGGUGAUCCUUUUAUCAUAAUUCACAGUAUCUCAUUGCUGAAAGCUGAAGAACAUUCAAUAGCUACCCUACUUCUUCGAAUAGAGAAAGAAGAAUUGGACAGGAAAGGAAGUGGUUUCUAUGUGUCCUUGGAGUGGGUCACUAUCAGUAAGAAAAAUAAAGAUAAUAAAAAAUAUGAAAUUGCUAAGCGUUAUAGUCUCCGUGGAAAAUCAGUGCCACAUUAUGCUGCUGUUGAGCCUGAUGGGAACGGUCUAAUGAUUAUCUCCUACAAGUCCUUCACAUUUGUUCCCGUUGCUCAAGAUAUUGAAGAAAAGAAGGAUGAAAAUAUGUCAGAGAAAAUCAAAGAACCUCUGUAUUACUGGCAACAGACUGAAGACGACUUGACAGUAACAGUGCGGCUUCCAGAAGACAGUACCAAAGGGGACAUCCAAGUCCAGGUUUUGCCUGAUCACGUCAACAUUGUGCUGAAGGGUCAGAGGGUUUUGGAAGGAAAUCUCUACUCGUCUGUCGAUCAUGAAAGCAGUACAUGGAUAAUUAAAGAUAAUAACAGCUUAGAGAUUUCCUUAAUUAAGAAGAACGAAGGACUGACAUGGCCAGAGCUGGUAGUCGGUGAUAAACAAGGGGAAUUUAUAAGAGACUCUGCCCAGUGUGCAGCAAUAGCUGAACGUUUGAUGCAUUUGACUUCUGAGGAACUGAAUCCAAAUCCAGAUAAAGAAAAACCUCCUUGUAAUGCUCAAGAAUUAGAAGAAUGUGAUAUUUUCUUUGAAGAAAGUUCCAGUUUAUCCAGAUUUGAUGGCAAUACAUUAAAAACUACUCAUGUGGUGAAUCUUGGAAGCAAUCAGUACCUUUUCUCUGUCAUUGUGGAUCCUAAAGAAAUGCCCUGCUUCUGUCUGCGCCAUGAUGUUGAUGCCCUGCUCUGGCAGCCAUAUUCCAGCAAACGAGACGAUAUGUGGGAGCACAUCGCAACUUUCAAUGCCUUAGGCUAUGUCCAAGCAUCAAAGAGAGACAAAAAAUUUUUUGCCUGUUCUCCAAAUUACUCCUAUGCGGCCCUCUGUGAGUGCCUUCGUCGAGUAUUCAUCUACCGCCAGCCCACUCCCAUGUCCACUGUACUUUACAACAGAAAGGAAGGCAGGCAAGUAGGGCAGGUUGCUAAGCAGCAAGUAGCAAGCCUAGAAACCAAUGAUCCUAUUUUAGGCUUUCAAGCAACAAAUGAGAGAUUAUUUGUUCUGACUACCAAAAACCUCUUUUUAAUAAAAGUAAAAACAGAGAAUUAGUUACUUGAACAUGUUGACUUCUCUGUACUGGGAAGUGUCAGUGGUAGCUGGAAGGCUGGGCAGUUAUGCCAUUACUUGUUAAGUUUUAAAUGUGUUAAAUAAAACUAUCUUGUAUUAAUUUUUUAUUUUUUAAGGGAUUCUGGAAAUAUAUUCAAGAGAUUGUAAUUCUAUAAAAGCUAUGACAUGAAGCUGAAAAUUUAGAGAAAAUUGGCUUCUGUAAAAAAAAAGUAUUAGCAAGUGUAAUUAUUUUCUAAAAAUAGGCUAUAAUCUCAUCUUUUAUAUGGAAAAUAUACAAUUCAUUGUUUAAAAAGAAAAUUAUUUAUCGUGUACUCUAUGUUCAUUGAUACAGUUUCUACAUUCUGUACCUCUAGAAUGUAUAGGAUAACAGUUAAAAUGUUGAUUCUUGUAAAUACUUAAGUGAACUGAAUAGUUGAGGUAGAGGGGAAAAUAUAGCAGGAGUACAACAGGUCUCAUAUUGUUAAAGUUUGCUGAGAGACCUUAAGUGUUUUUUCAAAUUAAGUAUAGUUUAUUUAAUUUUUAUCCAUUUGCUCUUCCAUAGACAUAGACAAAGAGACGAUACGGUUCUACAAACUGUAGCUCUUACCAUUGCUGCAUAAUGAACCACCCCAAGACUCAGUGGUUUAAAACAAGGAUGUUUUAUAAUUUUUCAUGAUCCAAUGAUUUGACUGUCUCUGUUCUACAUGGCCUUUCAUCCUCCAGUAGACUAGACUGCUUCUUCCCAUGAGAGAGAGAGAGCAUUCCAAGAGGGCAAACCCUAAUAGAUAAGACCUUAUUAAUCCUGAACUUGCAUCAUAUUUGGUCAUCUUCCAUUCAACAAAGUAAGUCACAUGGUCAAGUCUAGAGUCAGUGUGAGGAGGGAUACAUAAGGAUAUAGAUAGCAGGAGAUAUGAUUGGGGUUUAUUAAUGUAACAGUCUACCACACAAAUUAUAAUUUGUCCUUAUAGUUCUCGUUAUAUUUCUACAGUUAAGAAAAAAAUUCUGUUUAUGCAUUAAAUUUAUUUUUGCCAUGAAUAGUUCCUCAUAUUAUUUCCUUGGAUUUCUUGUGGUGUGCAUUUACCCAGAAAAUUGUUUACUUUUUAUACCAUUUUUAGGUAUUCCUUACAUAAACUUCAAGUUGAAUUUAUAUUUUACUAGGGGAGUUGAGACCUUAAUAUAAGAGACAGAAAAUUAAGAAAAAAGAGAUACAAGACAGAAAAUACUUGUUCCUAACAUAUCUCUUGCCUAUCUUUGCAAGUGUUUGGCUGAAUUAAAUUUUAGUGAAAGAAGGUAAAAACAAGUUUAAGAGAUAGGAAAAGAGAAAAAACGGUGAGAAUUAUCUGCGUG